UAUGGCCGGGUUGCUGCAAAGAUACGAUCCUCCAAAACCAUGUCUGGAAAUCAAGACGAAAUCUGUGGAGCAAACCCUGGUCCCACUUGUUACUCAGAUCACGACCCUGGUGAACCACCGCGAGAAGGCUCGACUCACGGAGAAGACGCAGAAGGCUCUGGUUCGAGUUGGCCAAGCCGUGCACAUAGCUGUGGAACGCUUCACCACAGUGGGCGACUCGAUCGCGUGCGAGAACCCGGAGAUACAGAGUGAGAUGUGUGAGGCGUGUCAGGAGGCCCGGGCUGCAGGUGCGAGUAUACACCGACUGACUGCAGCCGAUCACACAAGUGAUCAGAAGGCGAUCGCGGACAAGACAGCAAUGGUACGUGCUGCUCGGCAGCUUCUCUCGGCCAUCACAAAAGUUCUACUUCUAGCAGACAGAGUGGUUGUCAAACAGCUCCUGACAGCCAAGGAGAAGGUAUUGUUCAGUCUAUCAGGCCUGGAGGAUGUGUCGACUUUUCCCGAGUUUGUUAAUGGGUUCAGUCAGUUUGGGAAGGACAUGGUCGAGCUAGCUCAUCUGUCAGGCGACCGACAGAAUGAUCUGAAGAGUGAGCGACACCGAGCUCAGAUGGGAUCUGCUCGUGCUAUUCUUGAGAAAUCCACCAUGAUGCUGUUGACGGCCUCGAAGUCGUAUUUGCGCCAUCCUGACAGUCAGGCCGCUCUUCUCAAUCGAGACGGCGUGUUCGCACAGAUCCACCGCGCUCUUUACCUUAUACAGCACAUCGUCACCGACGGCAGCUAUAACAUUACCAAUGGCAACACCUCGCCCACUAUCAAUGGUGACUCCGGAAUCGGGCUGGCAACCACUCCAAGAGCAAGCAAGGCCUUCAAGGAAUUUGAAGAGCAGGUUGAGUUGACGCGUGUGACGCUGAUUGGCCCCAUCACGGAGGAGAAGCUGCAGUGUGCGUGUGACACGGUCGUCGAGACGACGCAGGACUUCACCGACUCGGCAUACACGUCACAUGACAGUCGGGAGAAGAUCGUCCACCUCACCGAGUGUCUCAAGAUGGAGCUCGACAAACUGCUCAAAGUCGGACAGAACCUGAACUGCAAGGACAGCUUGACACCGACUCAGGAACUAGAGACGGCCAUCUUGAAAACUGUGGAGGCCACAAGUAACCUUAGAAAACAGCUGCUGGAGACGGCAAUGGAGCAGGCGUCUGAGUUGUUUCGGAUGAACGAGGACCACGACCUACUUAAGGGUCUGUGUGUUUCGGGGACGAGCGGAGAUGUGGCCCUCGUCGAGGAACUCACCAUCAAGUUCGAGGAGCACAUGGAGCAGCUUGAAGAGGUGUGUAAAUUAUUUCGUCACAUGGCUUCAACAGAUCCGCUUGUGAUAGCUGCUGAACAUAACGAGUCGUUUCUUCACAGUAUCGGACCACUGACGCUGUACUCUGCUCAGACUCUAGCGCAGUACCCAAACAGUAAGAUCGCACGAGAGAACCUCGACGUUUUCUCUGACGCGUGGGAGUCGCAGAUAAAUGAGCUAUCCGUUCUAGUCAAAGAGGUGAACGACGUGUGUCAAGGUCGAAUGGAUAAACCGGUUUACUACUCGCUACCCAGACCAGGGAAACAUGGAACAACAUCAAGAUCUCUUCGUCCUGCAAAACUGGAUGCUGAGGAGCAAGCUAAGAUCGCCAAACUUGGUCUGGAGAUGAAGCUGAUAACGUCCGAGAUGGACGCGGAGACUGACAAGUGGGACCAGCCAGACAACGACAUCGUGAAGCGUGCCAAGAACAUGUCGAGCAUGGCAUUCGCGAUGUACCUGUUCACGCGCGGCGAGGGGCCGCUGCGCACCACCCAGGAUCUUUUCGUGCAGGCCGACUUCUUCGCAGAGGAGGGAAACAAGCUGUACAAGACUGUGUCAGGGUUUUCACACAGGGUACCAAACUGUAUACACAAAGAAGAGCUUCUCGCCUAUCUAGACCGUAUCCCAGUCUUUUGUCAACAGCUCAGUCUGCGGUUAAAGGCACCGACGUUUGGAAAGACACCAACAUUCAAUAAGGUCGACAGUACGAUACAGGAAACGAAGAACUUGAUGAACAUUAUUGCCAAGGUCGUCACCACCUGCUUCAUUUGUGCUACAAAGUACAACAUAGACUACGGAAUGUCUCCGGGCGGCAGUCGGCGGUGGAGGAGUACCGGGCAGUUCGACACGCGGUCCAGCGCCAGCGGCAGUGACACGGAUGGUGGCCUUAGUCCCCACUCAGAGAAACAGUUCAGUCUGCUGUCGCUGGGAAAAUCCAUCUGCAGCUACGACAAGUCCUGAUGUCGCUGUUGAGGCUGGGACACAGAGCGAUCUGGUAGUCCUCACGUAGAACUCAUCAUGUCGAAGUCUUUCUCUGUAAUCUGUUAGAUUUUCGUAGCGUCUGUUUAAAAAGAUAUAACAGCAGGUCUCUGAAAAUCACUUGCCCAAUGCUAAAACAAAUUGUAAAAAAUUGGGAUUAUCACAGAGUUGUUAGAUGUGACGUAGAACUGAAGAUGUCAAAGUCUUUCUCUGUAUCCUGUUUAGACUGUCGUAGUGUCUGGUUAAAAACAUCUGACAGCAGGUCCCUGGAAAUCAUUUGCCCGAUGAUAAUACAAAUCUAGAUUUGUGUAACCCACAUGGAUUUUAACAGUUGUUAGAUGUGACAAAAAACUGAAGAUAUCAAAUUGUUUACCUGUUUUGAAUUCGCUUGUUGUAGUAUGUUUACAAAACAUCUGACAGCAGGUCCCUGAAAAUCAUUUGCCCGAUGAUAAUACAAAUCUAGAUUUGUGUAACCCACAUGGAUUUUAACAGUUGUUAGAUGUGACAAAAAACUGAAGAUAUCAAAUUGUUUACCUGUUUUGAAUUCGCUUGUUGUAGUGUGUUUACAAAACAUCUGACAGCAGGUCCCUGAAAAUCAUUUGCCCGAUGAUAAUACAAAUCUAGAUUUGUGUAACCCACAUGGAUUUUCACAGUUGUGAGAUGUGACAUAAAACUGAAGAUAUCAAUUUUUUUACCUGUUUUGAAUUCGCUUGUUGUAGUAUGUUUACAAAAUAUCUGACACUAGGGCUUUGAAAAUCAUUUGCCCGAUGAUCAUACAAAUCAAGGUUUGUGUAACCCACAUGGAUUUUCACAGUUGUUAGAUGUGACAUAAAACUGAAGAUAUCAAUUUUUUUACCUGUUUUGAAUUCGCUUGUUGUAGUAUGUUUACAAAAUAUCUGACAGCAGGGCUUUGAAAAUCAUUUGCCCGAUGCUCAUACAAAUCUAGGUUGUGUGUGACCCAUUUUUCGUCGAAAGGUUGGAUUCUCACAGAGUUGUUAGGUGUGACAUAGAACUCAAGAUGUCAAAGUCUUUCGGUUUUCCUGUUCGAUUGUCGUGGUGUCUUUUAAACACAACUGUCAGCAGGUCUUUGAAAAUCAUUUGCCCGAUGCUGAUACAAGUGUAUUUUUGUGUAACCCAUUUUCUUUUAUAAAAAUUGGGAUUCUCACAUCUAUUUUAAGCCUUUUCGUUGUUAUCUUGCACAUUACUCAAAUUUGUUUUCGUAAAUUAUCAAUUGUGUCAAAUUCUGUGCUUUUUUUCGACAUCCUGCUAUUUGUAAUAGCACAAAUUGCUCUUUGUGCCAAGCCACAAAGGUACUUACUUUAAGAACAAGAUAUUUGUUUAACUAAAUUUAUCUGAUUAUUUAAGGUCACAAGAAGUCAGCUGAUAAAGACUGAAUCUUAUUCUUAAACAUUGCACUGUUACAGGUCACAAGAAUGUGAUCUGUUGAUCAGAAGUCUUGAGAUCGCAGUCUCAAGUAUAUGGUUAGAAAUUGGUUACGGUUAACAUGGAAAGAAAUAAGGGAGCGCAUGGUGUUUGAAACCACAUUUAUUUAUCUGUAUAAAUCAGGGCUUCUAGAAUUUUUAUAAAAUCCACUAGCCAUGGGAUCAGUCAUUUUAAAAAUGUACUAGCCACAAUUCAAAAAAUUUCAGCCCUACUUUUCUUUCAUUAAUAAAGUAAAUACAACUUUACUAAUAGUAAUAAUCAGAUAUGUCACCCAAAGAGGGAGAUAGAGUUUAAAAACAUUAAGAUUUGGGAGGUAGGAAUGGGGACAGAAUAUUCAUAUUUACAAAAUAGACUUAACUGCAACAUUUGACAACUUUUUUUCACUAGCCUUCGGGCAUGGUAAUAGUAGUUAUUUACUAGCCCAACAUCGACUAUCACUAGCCACGGCAGUGGGUCAUUUUAAAAAUGUACUAGCCACGAGUAAAAAUUCUUCAACCCUACUUUUCUUUGAAUUAAUUCAAUUUUACUAAAUUAUAGUAAUGAGAUAUGUCGCCUAAAGAGGGAGAUAGAGCUUAAAAAACACUAACAUUUGGGUUUACGGUCGAGGCAGGAUGUUCAUAUUUAUAAAAUAGACUUAACUGCAACAUUUGAAGAAAAAAAAUCCACUAGCCAUCAGGCAUGGCAGCAGUAAUUAUUUACUAGCCCGACAUUGAAUAUCACGAACCAUGGGA